ACCCUGGCGCUCUCACACAACGCCAUGGCCCACCUCCCUGCCGGGGUUUUCCAGGGGCUGACGGGGCUGGCAAUGCUGCAGCUGAGCUACAACACUCUCUCCAGCCUGCCGCCUGGGCUGCUGGCCGGGCUGCCCGUCCUCACCACCCUGGCACUGGACCACAACCGCCUGGCCCGCCUGCCCCCGGGGCUCUUCGAUGCCAAUGAGGAGCUGGCACACGGACGGUCCCUGCUGGAGGUCCCCCAGGGGCAGCUGGAGUGCCCGGGAGCACCCAGUGUCCCACCAGAGGAGGGCUGGGAUGGGGCGCCGGGUGAGGAUGGUCCAGGGAAGUGCAUCUACAGCAACCCCAAGGGCACUGUGGCGGGGCCGAGGCCUGAGUACCAGGGCGCCUGGGUGCUGCGCUCCCGCUGUGGCAUGCUGCAGGUCAGCGUCCUUGUCACGGCACAGAGCAGGGACGAGGCCACAUCGCCAGGUCUCCCUGCUGCACCCUAG